AUGUGCUCCCCGUUGGGCGAAUCGAAUGAAAUGGAUAAAUAUGUUUUCGAGGAGGACUUCCAAUGGCGUGCGGGAUGGGGUGUUCUGAAGGCCAACAUGCUGUUCGUGUACAAUAAGCCAGAAGAGGAGACGUCAUCGAUUCCCCCAUUCCUUCUACUAAUCAUCGAGGACUGCUUCAUUGAGCUGUGCGAUGAGAAUAAAAUUGGAAAGGAUUUCACUUUCGAAAUCAAGUUUAAAUCCACCUCGCGUAGCUUCAUAUUCGCCGCCGACAGCUUCAAAUCUCUCGGUCAAUGGGUCUCACUGCUCACAAUCACCCCAAUCGAUUAUAUUCAGCUGUCGAAGCAGAGUUUUAUCGAACAGAUAGAACAAACGCAGAAAAAGGCCGUAAAAGAGAGGAAUUGA